CUGGACUCAAAUGAUUCUCGCAUCUCAGCCUCCUAAACUGUGAGAUUAUAGGCAUGAGCCACUGUGCCCAGCCUACAGGAUGCUUUUGAAACUACCUGGGUGUCCACUCUUUGGGGUUGGUUAGCCUGUUUGCACAUAAGCUUGUGAUGGGGCCAGGGUGGGACUUCUACUCUUGUACGGUUUGGAUAGCUUUUGAAGAAUUUUUCAAGUUACUUAAAAAAAGAAUCAUGUGACUUUAUGGGGAGCUUGGGUCACAUGGACUGGAAGCUGCUUUCUGGUGGCAGAUGUGGCUCUGAAGUGCUAGUUCUUGGCUGUAAGAUUGCUGAGGUACUUUCUUCUCUGUUUUUGCCGAGGGUCAUCCUUUACCACAAAGCAGGAGAUAUUCUUUGGUUCGUUAAGACAAAGGGAUUUUUUUCUUAAAAGCAGUACAAAAUUGUUGGGGAAUUCUGUUUUAUUUGUGAUUUUUUUUUCCCCCCCUCACAGAUGCGAGAUCCAAGUCCUAUUGGAAGUGGUCUAGAGAACCCAGUUUCAAAGGACAGUGCAGUGGUACCAGAAGGAGGAAUUUGCCAUUCAUUGAGCAUUGGCAAUGAAUCAGAAGUUGUGCUAGGCCAUAAGACCCUCAAUUCAGGAAGGGUCCUCCCCUCUACCCAGGAGGAAGGAAUGCUGUUCACAGAGGCCAAGAAGAAUCUGAACAGACAGGCCUGGCUGGGUUUCCUCAUUCAACCUAUUAAUAUCAGAACACAGGCAUACACAGGAAGAUACAUUCACAGAAAGAGCUUCCUGCACAAAGCAAGCAACCAGUGCAACAUGACAGUGAAGACCCUGCAUGGCCCAGUAAUGGUCAAGUACUUGCUGCUGUUGAUAUUGGGACUUGCCUUUCUGAAUGAGGUGGCAGCUAGGAAAAUCCCCAAAGUAGGACAUACUUUUUUCCAAAAGCCUGAGAGUUGCCCACCUGUGCCAGAAGGUAGUAUGAAGCUUGACACUGGCAUCAUCAAUGAAAACCAGCGUGUUUCCAUGUCACGUAACAUCGAGAGCCGCUCCACCUCCCCCUGGAAUUACACUGUCACUUGGGACCCCAACCGGUACCCCUCGGAAGUUGUACAGGCCCAGUGUAAGCACUUGGGCUGCAUCGAUGCUCAAGGAAAGGAAGACAUCUCCUUGAAUUCCGUUCCCAUCCAGCAAGAGACCCUGGUCCUCCGGAGGAAGCACCAAGGCUGCUCUGUUUCUUUCCAGUUGGAGAAGGUGCUGGUGACUGUUGGCUGCACCUGCGUCACCCCCGUCGUCCACCAUGUGCAGUAAGAGUUGUACAUCCACUCAGCUGAAGAAGCUGUAGAAAUGUCACUCCUUAUCCAGUGCUCUGCAACAAGUCCUGUCUGAUCCCCAAUUCCCUCCACUUCACAGGACUCUUAAUAAGACCUGCAUGGAUGGAAACAGAAAAUAUUCACAAUGUAUGUGUUUAUGUACUAAAUUUUAUAUUUGAUAUCUAAAAUGUUAGGAGAAAAAUUAAUAUAUUCAGUGCUAAUGUAAUAAAGUAUUAAUAA